AUGUCUGAUCCCAAAGCAUACACUGUCGCUUGGAUAUGUGCUGUCACUGCCGAGUCUGUCGCCGCCCGAGCUUUCCUUGACGAGGAGCAUGGACCGCCACAACAGGUAGCCACGCACGACAACAAUAGCUAUGUUUUAGGCAGCAUCGGUAGCCAUAACGUUGUCAUUGCGGCCUUGCCCGAUACCGGCCCGACACCUGGACAUGGAUUGAAGAGCAGUAUGCGGGACCUAAUAGCCGCUUCGCUCUUCAAAUCCCAGAUGGCCAUCCAGUUCGCUCACAAACUACACGCCACCUCACCCAAAACCAGUAUCUUCUGGGUCAACGCCAAUACCAAAGCGACAUUUGAAGAGUCCUACCGGUCUAUGGCAGACGUCCUGGCACUUCCAGGUCGCCACGAUCCUGACGUCAAUAUCCUAGCGCUAGUCCGCAAGUGGCUGCAGCGAGAGGACGUGAGCCCGUGGCUCAUGAUUAUCGACAACGCAGAUGAUGUUAAGAUGCUAUGA